AUGAGGGCCCUGCUCUUGGCCCUUGGCCUUGUCGCCUCCCUGCAGGCCCAGGAUGCUCUGGUCUUAGACAGCUGGACUGAGGAUGUGUCAGGAAAGUGGUAUCUGAAGGCCGUGACCACAGACCAGGACGUUCCCGGGAAGAAUCAGGAGUCGGUGACGGCCAUGACCUUCAGCGUCCUGGAGGGGGGCAACCUGGAGGCCAAAGUCACGUUGCGGGUUGACGGUCAGUGCCAGGAGACGGGCCUGGUCCUGGAGCAAACCAACGAUCCCGGUAGAUACACGGCCUAUGGGGGCAAACAUGAGGUGUUCAUCUUGCCGUUGCGGGCGCAAGACCACUUCAUCCUGUACUGCGAAGGCAAGCUGGGCGGACGGCAGAUCCGCGUGGCGAGGCUUCUGGGAAGAAACCCGGAGAACAGCCCAGAGGCCUGGGAGGAAUUCACGGAGUUCGCAAAAGCCAAAAAGUUGAACCUGGAGAUCUUCAGGCCCUUGCAGAGCGAAACUUGCUCUCCCAGAGGAAACUAG